AUGGUCAGCAGAACCACACCUCGUGCUGAAUUCAGCUUAAUUAGGACAUAUCCUGCUGUCCCGUACUUCCAUAAGUCUGUUGAUAGUAGGGAAGCAAAAAUUUUCGCUGAGAUGUCUAGUCUUAAGAGAGUGUUGGACGACAUUGAUGAUCGCGACAUUGCAGAACUUACCUUUAAAACAGGCAUAGGUCAUAUGGCUGCACCAUUUCGCCCCGAGUUACUCAAAGUACAACAGUGCCUCUGCCCCGAGCUAGGAUUAUUAAUUACUCGAGACUCGAAGAGAAGAAGACGAACCUUCGACAGGCUGGCGAUAUCCACACGAUAUUUGGAGAAAGUAUGGACAGUGAUCGCUUGGCUUGCAACGUCCAUAAGCAUUUUGACGUUCCAAGCUGAUACUGCCUUGCCGCGUCUACAGAGAACCGUUCCUCGUAAUAGAUUUCAAUCAAUUGUCCUGGCAUGUGGGCACAUUUCAUUUAUGAACCUUGGGAUUGUUUCACGUUUGGAUUCUGCACUUAACGCAUGCACCAAUGGAUUGUAUCAUAUGCGUCAAAGGACGCAAAUGCCAUGUCAAGAACAUCUGAGUAGAGUCCUAUCACAGUGA